CAUGAAGGAGUAAACAUCUUGAUGGAUGAUGGGAGAUAUUGCAUUAAAACAGAAGACAAACCUGAACUUGGCUCACUACAAGAGACUUCAGUAACUAUGAUCGCAAUGCCCGAGGGUCCGGAGCUCCACCUGGCCAGCCUGUUUGUGAACAGAGUGUGCGCAGGUGUGGUUUUCACCGGACAUGUGGAAAAGUCAGACGUCAGCAAAGGACCUCAAGUGCCAUUUUCCAGCGAUGCCUACCGCAUCAGUGCUACCUCCAGAGGGAAGGAAGUCCGCCUCACACUCACUCCCAUCAAAAGUGACAUGAAAAGCAAAAUCAUAGCGGAGGACGACCAGUCACCAAUGGAUGUGGUUUUCCGUUUCGGAAUGUCUGGCUAUUUCCGUUUCACAGCAGUGGACGAGCUUCCAAAACAUGCACAUGUUCGAUUCUACACCAGUGAGGACCCCCAAAGGGUGCUCAGCUUUGUAGACACUCGCAGAUUUGGCAGCUGGCAACCCAAUGGGACCUGGCAGCGAGAUAGAGGGCCAUGUGUCAUGUUCGAGUACGAGAGCUUUAGGGAGAAUGUUAUCUCCAACCUAUCGGACAAGGCAUUCGACAGGCCCAUUUGUGAGGCUUUGUUGAAUCAGAAGUAUUUCAAUGGGAUUGGUAAUUACUUGCGGGCAGAGAUUCUAUACAGAGCAAACAUCCCUCCCUUUGUGAAGGCAAGGUCUGUGCUAGAGGGACUCUCCGCAAAAGAUGAAAACACAAAGGAAGUUAAAGAGGCAGCUGCAGAGAAAUGUGAUGCAGCUGGAAAGAGGAAGGUGAAAACUGUGUGUUCGGACAUUCUUUUGCUUUGCCACAGUGUGCCUCUGGAGGUGAUUGGCCUUGGUGGAAAAGGGUAUGAUCCAGGGGAUGCUGAUUUCACAGAAUUUGAAAGCUGGUUGCAAUGUUAUUAUGUAGAUGGAAUGAAAUCAAUCAGUGACCACAAUGGAAGAAGUAUAUGGUUUAAGGGUGACCCUGGUCCGAUGGCACCUAAAGGUUCCAAAUCUCUCAAGACAAAGAGGAGAAUAAAGAAAAGUGAACAUGACUAUACAGAUACAAAGAAGGCUGUCAAAAAGAAGCGAACUGGGAGCAUUUCAAAUGAAAAGCCUGUAAAGAAAGAUCCAGGCACUGUAAAGAAGGUAAAGGGUGUGCCUAGGAAACUGAGUGGCACUAGGAGACAGAAUGCAAGUAAGAACAGACUUCAUACAGAAGAAGCUGGGCCUCAGACUAGCAAGGCUAAGAGCACAAGAAGACCAAGUGGACAAGAAAGCAACAGUAAACCUAAGAGGACCACUAGAUCUCAGAAAAAGAGCAGUACAUACACUUAGGACCAGAAGUAGUCAAUGAUGUGUUUAGAUAUUAGUAACCAUUUGAAAGUAUGUAAAUACAAAAUUGCAGAGCCACCAAAGAUGGAUAGCUGUGCAAUAAGAGAAACCCUUCUUAAACAAACUUGGCAUACAUCAACUACUGUAUGCGACCACUACUAUCAUUUUUGUAUUUUUUUACUUUUAUCUGUAUAUACACUUUGUAAAAGGAUAAAUAAAACAUGUUUCUGAAGCCCA